GUGAAUGACUGACACCGCGUUAAAAGUGCUGAAGCUCUCUCGCUCCAGCAGUCGAAAACAGUUGUUCACCCCAGGGAGACAGGGAAAGUCGAGUUUACCUGCGCUAACACAGAUUCACGACGACUCAAACUGGAUUGUUGAGAUUUCCGAUUUGAGGAAAGCGCGGUGGUUUGCAGCUUACCUUGGGGAAACGUGCUCGUUUGUUUUUAUUGAGCAGAAUGAAACCAUCCAAAAGUACCCUGGGACUGCUCGACUUGAGUUUUCUGUCUGCCGAGGAAGAAGCGGCCAUCCGUCAGGUGCUGCUGAGAGAUGAAGACUUAAAACGACUAGAGAGCGGACGAGUCAGGAAACUGAGGCAGUCUGUUCCUGACCUUCAGCAGCUGAAGAAUUUGACAGGCGAGUGGUUUGAGGAGCUCAGGAUCAAGCGAUACGGCCAGCAGACAGAUGUCACAGCGGUGGUGAGGACCUCUAUGAGAUGGAAGAAAACAGCAGUUCAUAAACCCAACCCUUUCCUGAAUGAUAAAGUGGACGAGAACAAAGAGCAUGAAAAGGAUGAGCACAGCACUCGUCCAAAUCCAUCAGCUGACCCUAGAUUAAUUCAUCCAGCCCUGAGUAAAGAGACUUAUCAUCAAUACGCUCAUGAAGACUUUGUUGAUGAUGUUGAGACUCUCUCUACUCCAAGUGUGUCUAACAAAAAAGAAAAACUACGAGCAGAAAUUGAUGCCAACCCUUUCCUCAAUGGCACAGACCCAGGACGCAAGUCAACAAAAACACAACCUAAAGAGCUCUCUGGUGGCCAGACAACAACUGUUUUCCCCUUCUCAAGUCCAGUUCAAGACACUAAACCAGAAAGAAGCAUCACAAAAAAUCCAGAGCCACGGCGAAAAGUUUCCCUCCCUCCGGCACUACAGAGAGACCAAUCAUUUGAAGAGAACUGGGUGAAGAUCUCCCUGGAACCAGACACUGUAAAGCCUGUACAUGAUGAAAACAAAAGCUCUGGAACUAAACUAAAAGAGGGAAAAGAUGCUUCCAGUGAUUUUGGUGAUGACGUCCAGGUCCAGAUUGGAAAGAAGAAUGAAAAUGAGCUGCAUUAUUUGACAGCUGGUGUGAAAUUAAGUGACAAAACUGUACAAAAAGAUCUUGAUUCCCAUGCAGAUAAUGAAAAAUUGAAGUCAUCUAAUAAUCGGACAUUAUCAGAAAUAAGCCAAGACAUUUUUUCAAUGACAGAUGAUGGAAAAUUAGUGCACAUUGGAGAAGCUAAGCUUAUGGAAAAAUCUGUCCCUGAACCAAUUAAAUCAGCACAUCCUAGUGACGAUGUUGCUGGUUUUGGUCAAGAUUCUUCAGAAAUUAAAGUUGAUGUGGACAGUGCUGAAACCGAGCAGAAAACAAAGUCAGAUAUUCUACUAAAUGUUCUUGCAAGAGCUGAAAAAACAAGACCACCUGUCCUGCAGAACAACACCAAUCAGGAGUCAAACCUGGGGGGCACAGAUGAUAUGGUUCCCAGUAUAGUCAUUGUGCCAUCUGAAUCUCCAGAUCCAGCAGAAAUGAAAGGAAAUAAACGUGGGGCAUUAGUUCUGGAGGCUUUACUUGAGAGUUCUACUGCGAAAAAUCCCUCAUACACUGCCGAUGCUUGGGAGGAUGAAGGAGUCAAUUCAGAUGAUGAUGAUACAUCACUGUCCAGCUAUGGGUCAGAUCUGUCUAGCAGAAAAGGCUUUUCAGCUAGCGCUCUGUCUCUUACUGAUCGCACUGGGAGUUUGCUGAGUGUGUACAGUGACGCUGGGGAUUUUGGGACUGUGGAGGUGCAGGGUUCUGUGGAGUUCGCAGUGAUGUACAGCCCUGUUGGAGAGCUCAUCAUCAUGAUUGAACAGUGUCAGGAUCUCGCUAUUGCUAAUUCUCGUAAACAACGUACUGACCCUUAUGUCAAGACAUAUCUCUACCCAGACAAGUCUCGCCGCAGCAAAAGGAAAACCUCCAUUAAAAAACGGACCGUGAAUCCUGUUUUUGUGGAAUCUCUGAGGUACAAAGUGAAGCGUGAAGAGUUGCCAGAAAAGGCUCUGAACCUCUCUGUGUGGCACAAUGACUCCAGGGGACGAAAUGUGUUUCUUGGUCAGGUUGAGCUCAGUUUUAGGACUUGGGACUGGGGACAUGAAGCCCUCACCUGGUACAACCUACAGCCAAAGACAUCGGACAAUGCAGAAUCGCAGGAGUCUAAUGGAUUGUUGUCAGUUUCACUAAAAUAUGUUCCAUCAGCAUCCACUGGUGGGUCGAAGAGCAGCACCGGGGAGAUUCAUGUUUGGCUGCGCGAGGCAAAAGAAUUGCGUCGCUUGAAGCCUCAGGGAGUCGAUUCCUUUGUUAAAUGCUACAUUCUACCUGACACUAGAAAGAAGAGCCGCCAGAAGACUCGUGUUGUGAAAAAGACCCAGGACCCGGUGUAUAACCAUGCCAUGGUGUACGAUGGCUUCAAAACUGGAGAAGUCAGUGAAGCUUGCUGUGAAUUGACUGUUUGGGAUCACAACACACUCGCCAAUCAGUUUCUGGGAGGUGUGCGCCUCAGUCUCGGAACGGGGCAGAGCUAUGGCAAGAAAGUGGACUGGAUGGACUCUGUGGAUGAGGAAGUUCAGAUAUGGAAAAGAAUGUUGGCCAGUCCGAACAGCUGGGUUGAGGGAGAGCUUCCCCUGAGGUCUGCUAUGGCCCCCAGGAAAUCAACCUCCUGAAGUUCAUCUGUGGUCUUCAAUGUUUAGUUGCGAGAGAAAAACACACACGGGUGGUUUUCCAGAACAAACCAAGCUCUUUUUUCUAUUACCAAUCCAGUUUCUUCAUUUCAAUUCUUCAGUUUCAACAGAAAAAAAAAACAAAUGCUGCAAGAUACAGUAUAAAUGUGAUGAGGAUUUAGAGAGAUUAUGUAAUUCUUAAUCAAAUUACUUUAUCUUAUGAUUUGAUAUGUGAGUAUUUAAUGUGACUAUCGUGAUUUGUUCCAAAUAAAAAAUGUACACGUUUGCAUUUCUAAAUGUA